AAUCUCUAAAUCAAGAGAAUCUGUUCGACCAAUGUGGAUGACAGUUAUGAUAUGGUCCAAAAAAGAGCUUGGUUCUUCAAUUCGAAGCUGUAAAAUUUAAAUGGUAUCAGAUUCCAAAAGUUGUAGCUUUUGAAGGUUCUUCAGAAAAGUCAAGUUCUUUAAAAAGCCAUGAGAGCUUAGCUUACUUCUUCCACCAUUUGAUGAACUUCAGCAUUUUCUCUCUUCAUCUUGAAAAUGGAGUUGUUUCUCUGUUUCUUCACUCUGUUUUUGAUAUCACAAUCUGUUGCACUGAGGAUAACAGAGAGACCAGAGGUUGAAUGUGCUAUGUGCUUAGAAUGUGAGAAUCCAUGUGAUCAGCCACCUCCUCCUUCGCCUUCACCUCCACCGCCGCCCCCACAAGAAAUUCUAUGUCCUCCGCCGCUUCCUCCACCUCCACCGCCGGUAGAGAUAUUCUGUCCGCCCCCACCUUCUCCACCGCCCCCUUCUCCUUGUCCGCCGCCGCCUUCUCCUCCUCCUCCCUCACCGCCACCACCGUGUACUCACUGCCCAUUGCCGCUUCCACCGCCGUUGCCGCCGGUUUGCAAUGAAUGCGUUCCUAACAAGCCUAGACCACCGAUCAUUAUCACGGCCGCAGCAACAUCGCCGGAGAUCUCUGCUUGCAUCAGCUUGAUAAUUGCUCUCACCAUUCUCGUUUCCUCUCUGUUUCAAUAAUCUUGUAGCGAUCUUUAGCUAUUCGUUGUCUCUCUCCUCGAUAUUAAUUCUUACACUCAUAAAAGAAAUUUAUCAAAUUUCUUUUGAAAAUUAGCAGGACGUUGUUAAAAUGAAUUGUGAACCUAAACUUUCUAGUUUUCAGUACUUUGUGUUGAUCUUAA